AUGCCUUUAAACAUUCCCUUCCUUAGGGGGAAAGCCUCUACCCCAGACGAUACUAUUGGCGAACCCAUUGAGCAAGCGAUAACCACAUCCUCUGGGGAGAAAGAGACUGCAAAGACCACGGCAACUGAAAUUUCUGAUGUUGAAGCAAACAAGAGGUUGGAUCUGUACCGUCGCACCCACAAAUGGGACCCUAACCUCGGGGACGAUACUCUUGAUGAGAUUGCGACAGCCGCCGCAUUGAACGACUCCAAUGCACAGAGCAAAGUCAUCGACAGGGUUAUUGAUAACUCACCUUAUCCAGAGGUUAGAGCUGCAGUGCGAAACUAUGACGAAGACCUCCCUGCGAGUACAGUUCGUGCGUGGGUUAUCGGGAUGUUUUUGACAACUAUCGGUUCUGGUCUCAACAGUUUGUUUUCCCUUCGUGCUCCUGCAAUUAUCAUCACAUCGGUUGUCGCUCUCCUGGUUUCGUACCCUAUCGGUGUUGCUUGGGCGAAGAUCAUACCGGCAAGGACUUUCAACACCUUUGGGAUGAAAUGGACGACUAACCCAGGUCCAUUCAACGUCAAGGAACAUGUCUUGAUUGUUGUCAUGGCCAAUGCAUCAUUUGGUAAUGGUGUCGCAUAUUUCACUGAUACUAUCCAGGCACUGAAGGCCUUCUACCAUACUGACUACGGCUGGGGAUUCUAUGUAUGCCUCGCUCUUAGCACUCAGAUCGUUGGUUUCGGAAUAGCUGGUAUUGUUCGCAAGGUCUUAGUUGAGCCAGCUUCUAUGAUCUGGCCACAGGACUUAGUGAGCGCUACGUUCAUUUAUACCCUACACGACAAAUCAGCAACCAAUCCCGCCGAAACCAAUGGUUGGAAGAUUGGUCGUUAUCGUUAUUUCCUUUACGUUUUUCUUGGCUCUUUCUUCUGGUACUGGUUCCCGGGGGUCAUCGCGCCAUGCUUGAGUGUUUUCGCUAUUGUUACAUUUAUAAAACCGAAGAACGUUAUUCUCAACCAGUUAUUUGGCGGCUGGACCGGCCUUUCGCUUAUCCCUAUUACCUUCGACUGGACUCAGGUAACCGGUUAUAUCCAAAGUCCUCUAAUUGCCCCUUGGCAUGCGAUCGGAAACACUCUUAUUGGAACAAUUGGCUUGUUCAUAUUUGUUACUUGUGGACUACACUACUCAAACCACUGGUAUGCUCAAUACCUCCCUAUCAGUGAUUCAACCACCUACGACAACAUGGCAAAACCAUAUAAUGUCUCCAAAAUAUUGACUCCUGAGUUCACUCUCGACGAGGAGAAAUACAAGGCAUAUUCCCCCCUUUUCCUGUCUACAACUUUCGCCUUGACUUAUGGAUUAUCAUUCGCCUCCAUUGCGGCUGUUGUCACGCACACUGCCCUGUUUCACGGAAAGCAUAUAUGGACAGUUAUCAGGGACAGCCGUGGCGAUCUUGAUGAUGUUCACACCCGUAUGAUGAGGAAAUAUAAGAAUGCCCCAUGGUGGUGGUACAUCACCCUACUUGCAGUUUGCGUUGCUCUUUGCCUUGUUACCUCUCUUGCAUGGCCUACCCACCUCACCUGGUGGGCAUUACUGCUUGCUCUUUUCAUCUCGCUAGUCAUGACUAUCCCCAUCGGCGUGGUUCAAGCGACAACAAAUAUCCAGCUGGGGUUGAACGUUUUCACUGAAUACAUCAUCGGCUACAUGCUUCCCGGGAGGCCACUUGCAAUGAUGUUGUUCAAGACUUAUGGCUACAUCACCAUGGUUCAAGCCCUUUCUUUCGUCCAGGAUCUAAAGCUCGGUCAUUACAUGAAAGUUCCCCCGCGAUCACUGUUCUGGGGACAGCUUGUUGCUACAAUGUGGUCGUGUAUGGUUCAACUCUGCGUCCAGAUCUGGGCCUUGGAUAACAUUGCCGAUAUCUGUCAGCCACAUCAAUCCAACCGAUUCACCUGCCCCCAAGGACGAGUCUUCUUUGGUGCAUCGGUGAUCUGGGGUGUCAUCGGCCCUGCACGUAUGUUCUCUGGCACUGCACUCUACUCUAGCCUACAGUAUUUCUGGAUCGUUGGCGCACUCUGCCCUUUCCUCUUCUAUGCGCUGGCCCGCAUCUUCCCUCGUUCAAACGCACGAUUUUUGAGCGCACCCGUUAUCUUCGGCAGUGUAUUAUACAUUCCUCCCGCCACUCCAUUGAACUAUUUUGCAUGGUGUAUGGUCGGUUUUGUUUUCCAGAAGUUUAUCCGCAAUAGGUUCAGAGGCUGGUGGAUGCGUUUCAACUAUAUCACAUCGGCGUCUUUAGAUGCCGGCCUGGCCAUCUCGACCAUCGUUGUCAUCGCCGCUAUCAACUUGACUGGCUCCAAAUUCCCAUCAUGGUGGGGCAAUACCGGCUCCAUGGAGACGUUGGAUAACUUGGGCGAAGCUAUCCGACAGCCUCUGGCAGAAGGGCAGACCUUUGGUCCUCCAACAUGGUAG